CCGUUUGCUGGGGGCGGGGAAAGAGGCCACGCCCACGUUUGCACCGGCUCCUGCAAACGGGAGACGGGCCGGGCCGAGGAAGCCCCACAAAGGCCGGAGGCAAGAGCGGAAAGGGAGCAGGUGCUGGGAGCCAUCCCGACGUCCACCACGACGGACAUCAAGGGGACAGCAGAGGUCGGCUGCGGCCUGGCCGCCCGGGCACGGAGGGUCUCACUUCCCCCCCCCCCAGAGCCAGGGGCGUCUGACGGCAGGGAGUUGUUCGGAAACCGGAAAUGAAGUCACGCAGCUCUGAUCAACAUAACCCACGCCGGCCCGGGACUCCGCAGGUUGCUUCCGCCCACCCACCCACCCUCCGCUCGGAGAGUGCGCAUGCGUGGCCGGCGCGCCGUUCUGUCGUCAUAAGUGCGCGCCGUCGCCGCUACUCCCCGCAGGAAGCGGGGGAGGGGGGAAACUGUCAUGGCGAGCUCGGCCGCCUCCUCGGUGCGACCACCGAGGCCCAAGAAAGAGCCGCAGACGUUAGUUAUCCCUAAGAAUGCGGCGGAGGAGCAGAAGCUCAAGCUGGAGCGGCUCAUGAAGAACCCGGACAAAGCCGUUCCCAUUCCAGAGAAGAUGAGCGAGUGGGCGCCUCGACCUCCCCCGGAGUUCGUCCGAGAUGUGAUGGGUUCGAGCGCCGGGGCCGGCAGUGGGGAGUUCCACGUGUACAGGCACCUGCGCCGCAGAGAGUACCAGCGACAGGACUACAUGGACGCCAUGGCCGAGAAGCAAAGAUUGGAUGCAGAGUUUCAGAAGAGACUGGAAAAGAAUAAAAUCGCUGCGGAGGAGCAGACAGCAAAGCGUCGGAAAAAGCGGAGCCGGUCAGGCCCAGGAGCCACGGUCCAGUAGCUCUGAGGCGGCGUCUGGAACAGAGGAGGAGGAAGAGGAAGACGAGCCCAGCUUCGUCAUGGGGCGAUGACAACACAGCUGUCUGGGGCCUGGCUCGUUCGUGCCCAGGGCUCAGCACACCCGGUACACCCAGCGGGGAGAGGAGGCCUCCCUCUCGGCCUCCCUCCUGAGGCCUCGGGAACCCUGCCCUGACCCCCGUCAUCCGUGAGCUUUGAGCCACUGGGCCUGGGGCCAUCUCCUGGACACUGGACAGUUCACAGUUCAUCUGUGUCCCCGCAGGGGAGAGCGAGCGCCCAGCCCACUGCUGGCACGGCUCCCACAGUGGACAGCAGUGACUUGGGACUGGUACCCGGGAAGGGAACGCUGAUGUAGUAAACCCUGGUUUUUGUUCAGA